AUAGGGUGAAGGGCAAAGAUUCGUGAGUGAGAUAAGUUAGGUAAAGCAAAGUCCAGUUCCUGAAAUUGAGUGAAUAAAUGAAUAGGUGUUUAAAGGUAGGUAGAUCCUGGUGCUGGCCAUUUAACAUGUUGUCUCUCGAAGUCCUUAUCUCUGGUCCUUUGCCCCAGCUAGUCUCUGUUCUCAUUAAAACUUCAGAAACCUAGGUUUUAGGAACUCUGAACUUACAGACUCCAGGACCCACAAGCCUUCUCUAAAGACUGGCAUGACCCUGAUUAACCAUAGCUGUAUCUGGAGACCUGAAUGCCGGGACUGCCAUUCCUGGGCUUGUCAUAUAGCACAGGGCUUCCAUCCUGUUACAGCCCUGCUGAGCCCCCCUCAGGCUACAGCUCUUGCCGUCAGAUAUGCAUCCAAAAAGACAGGUGGCAGCUCUAAGAACCUCGGUGGAAAGUCACCAGGCAAACGCUUUGGCAUCAAGAAAAUGGAGGGUCACUAUGUUCAUGCUGGCAACAUCCUUGCGACUCAGCGCCACUUCCGCUGGCACCCAGGUGCCCAUGUGGGGCUGGGGAAGAAGAAGUACCUGUAUGCUCUGGAGGAGGGGAUAGUCCGCUACACUAAGGAGGUCUACGUACCCAGUCCCAGCAACUCGGAGGCUGUGGAUCUGGUCACCAGGCUGCCCGAGGGGGCUGUGCUCUACAAGACUUUUGUCCACGUGGUUCCUGCCAAGCCUGAGGGCACCUUCAAACUGGUAGCUAUGCUUUGACCUCCUGGUUGAGGCCUUUGGACAGAGACUGGAGCCCAGGUGACAGGAGAGGGUGGUACCAGACGUCAUCAAGGGUUGGAGUGAUGACAAGGCCUCCCAAGGAAGAAGUCUGCUUGGUGGUGACUGCAGGAGACUAUGAAGUGACUGGCUGGGAAGCCCUUUGGGAGACCUGACCUGGGGCCAAAAAUAAAGUUAGCUGGAGUCAUGA